UGAUCUGUCAUGGAGGGCAAGAGGAGCAAAUUUUCAGAUUUUGGUUAAAUUUUUACGUAUUAAUGAUAAAUCAUCUGUUAACAUUCAAAGAACAAUGUCUAAAAUGGCAAGAUCGAUUUUUUCUUCCAAAAGCAUGCAGGAAAAGGUUGCUAAAGGAGCUCUAUUAGCUAUUAUUCUUGCAAUUGGUGCUAAAAAAUUGUCUCCAAAAUUGAGAAAAUUAUUAUUUGGCUCGAAGAAACGGUCGAUUUCAAAAAGCAAAGAUUCUUUAGACGAUGGAAAUGGUUCUGUUAAUGAUAAGAAAGGAAAAGGAAGUUUGAACAAGGAAUUUUACAGACAACUUCGUUAUCUUCUGAAAAUAUUGUUCCCAGGGAUAUGGAGCAAAGCUUUUGGCAUCCUUACACUUCAUACUGGAACUCUAGUCGCAAGAACAUUUCUGUCAAUUUAUGUUUCAAUGUUAGAUGGAAAAAUUGUCAGAACUAUUGUUAGACGUGAUCUUAGGGCAUUUUUACUUCAACUAUCUCAAUGGCUUCUUAUAUCCAUUCCUGCAACAUUUAUUAACAGUUUAAUCAGAUACCUAGAGUGUGAACUUGCUUUAGUUCUCAGAACAAGAUUAGUGAAUCAUGCUUAUAAUCUGUAUUUUGACAAUCAAACAUAUUACAGAGUUAGCAACUUGGACAGUAGACUUGCAAAUGUUGACCAGUGUCUAACAGAUGAUAUAACCAUGUUCACUCAGUCUUUAGCACACUUAUAUUCACAUUUAACCAAACCAAUGCUUGAUGUUACAUUAAUGUCUUUCACAUUAUACACACUUGCAAACAAAAGAGGAGCAAGUUCGAAAUAUCCCUCAAUAAUAGGAUCAGUGGUUUUAUACGUGACAGCUCAAAUUCUAAAAGCAAUAUCACCAAAGUUUGGUAAACUUGUUGCAGAGGAGGCUAGACUCAAAGGAGACCUCAGAUUUGUGCAUUCAAGAGUAAUUGCCAAUGCUGAGGAAAUUGCAUUCUAUGGUGGCCACAAGAUAGAGUUGAAUCUUCUACAGAAAUGCUAUAAAAAAUUAGCAGAACAAAUGCAUUUGAUAUUUAACAAACGAUUGUGGUAUAUCAUGUUUGAACAAUUCUUAAUGAAAUAUGUUUGGAGUGCCAGUGGUUUGAUUAUGGUAGCGAUACCUAUUCUUACAGCAAAAGGUGGUGGAAUUAGAGCUGAUGGAUCAGAGGUGGAUGAUGACCCAGAUGGAGGUGUAAGCGAAAGAACAAAAGCCUUCACUACAGCUAGGAACUUACUGAUUAAUUGUGCCGAUGCUAUUGAAAGAAUGAUGUCUUCUUAUAAAGAGAUAACUGAACUAGCUGGAUACACAUCUAGAGUUUCAGAAAUGUUCGAAACUUUCAAUGAUAUCAGACAGGGAAAGUACAAGAGGACAAUUGUGACAAAGCAAAAAAAGGGAAAGUCAAACUUAAAGAAAAUUUCUGGACCAUUAGAAAUAAAAGGGAAGGUAAUUGACACAGAGUCUGUUAUAGACACAGAAGAUUUAGCCAUCAUUACACCUAAUGGAGAUGUUAUUGUAGCCAGUCUGACUAUGAGGGUUGAACCAGGCAUGCAUCUUCUUAUAACUGGACCAAAUGGUUGUGGAAAAUCCUCAUUGUUCAGAAUUUUUAGUGGAUUGUGGCCUGUGUACAAAGGAAAACUUCAGAAACCUCCACCAACUUCAAUGUUUUAUAUCCCUCAAAGACCCUAUAUGUCUAUAGGAACAUUGAGAGACCAAGUGAUAUAUCCAGAUAAUGUAGAGGAUAUGAAGAAGAAAGGCAUGAUUGAAAAAGACUUAAUGAAUAUACUGAAUAUAGUCAACUUGCAACACAUAGUUGACAGGGAAGGAGGUUGGGAUUCAGAAAGUGAUUGGAAAGAUGUGUUAUCUGGAGGAGAGAAACAGAGAAUGGGCAUGGCUAGGAUAUUUUAUCACAGACCACAGUAUGCAUUACUUGAUGAAUGUACCAGUGCUGUUUCUAUAGAUGUAGAAAGUAAGAUAUACCAAACAGUCAAGGACAGUGGGAUAGUAUUACUUACUAUCACUCAUAGACCUUCAUUGUGGAAAUUUCAUACCCAUCUGUUACAAUUUGAUGGAGAAGGAGGUUGGAGAAUGGAAGAACUUAAUACAAACACUCGUCUUACCCUUAACGAAGAAAAACAGAAGCUUGAGACCCAAUUAGCUGGUGUACCUAAGAUGCAUAACAGACUAUCAGAGCUUUGCUCUAUAUUAGGAGAGGAUUCAGUCUUACUAUCCAGUCAUGAUAAUUUAGAUGAUGUAGAUGAAUUGGUAGAGAGUUGAUGCACAACAUUCCCUAGUUGAUUUCUUUUAUUUCUUCAAAUUCUCUUGCCAGUGAUAUUGUACUAGUUAACUAGUGUUAGUGAACAGUUUUAGAAACAAAUCAUGUCUAUGAUUAACAAAUCAUGUCUAUGAUUAACAAAUCAUGUUUAUGAUUUAACAAAUCAUGUUUAUGGUUUAACAAAUCAUGUUUAUGAUUUAACAAAAUCAUGUCUAUGAUUUUGGUACAUAAAAUGUUUUAUUAAAUAUUCAGUUUACAAUAACUAAUUACACAUUAUUGGGUAUUUUCCCUUUGUGAUUAAUUUUAACAAACAGAGCACUAUUGAUUGAUUACAUUUUAAUUUGACAGCAUUCUUUAAAUAUUUGAACAACCAAUAUUUAUGAAUGACCAUUACUACAGCAUUGAUUACAAGUUUGAUGUUCUGUUGUUGUUUAAUAAUUCCAUAUGUAUCUAGUCAGUUUUGAUAUUUGUGCUCAGGGUAGCAUAUAUGAAUGUACUUAUAUUAUGUCUUUUUAAACCAAGGAAAAGAAAUUCCCAGAUUUUCAUUCUAACUUUAAGGGGUCAUUUAACGAUAAAAAAUGCUCUAAGUUUCUAUCAUCGUAACCCUGGUGGUUGUUUGUAAUAGGAUUGUAUAAGAUUGGAAUUACCCUAUUCAAGAAAAAAGUUGGAUGAGAAUCUGGGGCAUUUUUUUACUAUGGCCUAAAUGUAUAAUGGUUGUUUUCCUGUACAAUAUACUCAUUCUAAGCACAAAUCAUAUUUUGUAAAAGAUGUCAGCAUUUUAUACAAGGGAUGGGAAAAAAUACAACAAUUUUCUGUGAAGAAUCCGAUUAUAUUAUAUUAAUAGUAAUUAGUUAAUAGAAAAAACUCCUUUUUCUAAGGUAAUUUUCUUUGAAGAAUCAGAUUAUAUUAUAUUAAUAGAAAUUUGUUAAUAAAAAAAAACUCCUUUUUCUACGGUAAUUUUCUUUAACAGUGAUGUCAGCAUCAAACUACUGAAUUAUUCAUCCAGAGCAUGAACAAAAUUUACAAAUUUUGUUGAUCAUAAGAUACUUUUACAAACUAUAGAUUUCAUCUUUUGAUGUCAGAAAGACAAGUUUUAACAAAGGAGUGACGGGGAAGCAAUUAACUGUUCUGUCUUUUUUUUUAUUCUGUAGAUAACUGUCGACUUACAUUUAUCAUUUUUAAAACUGAGUAAGGGGUAGAUCCUCCUUUGCAGAACAAACUUCUGGAAUUUUCAGAAACCAUUGAAAAACCAAUAUCCCAUUCUUGAAGCCAUCUUUAAUUUUAAAAUGUGUUUCAGCAAUGCACUUUUUGUAAGUCUACCAUCCCUUAAAAAAGGCCACAUCUACAGUUAAAAUGUGCAUUUCAAUCCUUUGAAAAAUUUGUGAUGGGUGUAAUUUGUUAGUAUAAAAUUGCUGUAAGAUGUAGAUGAGCAAAAAAUACCAUCAUUUAUUAAGAUUAUUCAAAAUUGUAGAUGGCCUCUUCUUAUUAAAAACAACAUAAUUUCCAAGUCAAGCUAAAUUUUCUAUUAUUAUAUGAUUAUACAACUACCAAAAUUUGAGAGACUGCCAUCUUAUAAAAAUCUUUCUUUAUGGCAAAAUCUGCUGUAACAGUAUUAAUAUAUAUGAUAGUGUUUUUGAAAUGAGUGUAUUUUCAUGGGAAUAUUGUAUUAUGUGUGGAUAUUAUCAUUGUGAUAUUAAAUUAAGGAGUCUUAAAAAGCUGUAUCAUUUUUUCUUUGGUGGAUUACCAUCAGUUGUCAUUUUCUGCUAAGCUUAAAUGUAUUUUUGUUGUAUUAUUAGUUGUAUUUAUAAGCAAAGGUUUUACUGUCACAAAAAGUUGUUUAUGUGCCAAAUAGGAAAUCUGGAAGGUUCAAGCAAUUGCAGAAAGAUACUCAUCUAAAUGUGUAUUAUGUGUAACCAGAAUAAAGACAUGUUUGCAUGAAUAAUGAAAUCCAUAGCAAUGUUUUACCAAUUUCUCACAUAACUUUAGUCUAUUUGUUAAUAUAUUUUGUCUACCUUUAGCUACAUAGUUUAGAUGGCUAAAUUUUUAAAAAGGCACAAAUAUGAUUUUUCAACUUAAAAAGAUACCUACUGUGUCCCCAUUUACUUUAAAAAAAAUAUAUAUUGUUUUCUAAUUCAUUCUAUUUUGUAUAUCACUAAGUCCUUAACAAUGCAAAUUACAAUGCAGUUUGAUUUUAAAAAGAAUAUGUUACUGAUCGGCCAUUUUUAAUAAUGAUUAAUUUUUUAAACUAUGUUGAAUGUACCUUGUCCAACAAACAGACAUUUUUUUCACCAGAGAGAGUUUUCACUUAUACCAUGUUACCUGGGUAUAGCUAUAUAAACAAGUAUCAUAUUACCACAUAAUGUUUCACAUUUUUACAAAUUUAAAUGAUAAGUCAACGUAAUAAAUAUUAUGUUUUUGCUGACCUCGUCUAGACAACUGACAUGUGAUUUUUUGCCACCUUUUGGCAUUCUUUUUUCAUUCCCUGUUGUAAAUUUUAUAAUAAAAAAACAUUCUGUGAAGUUAGACCAAAUUGUUCUGCAUUCUGUUAAGGGGAUGUAACAUGGCUUUUGAAGGCUAAUAGUAGGUAAGCUAAUUUGGCUUCCAUUACUGUGUACAAAAAAUAUAUACCGGGUAAGUGAAGUACAAACAACCAAAGUCAAAUUCUACAAUUUUUAAUAUCUCCUUCAACCACCAAAGCUUAUAUUAAGGUAGAUGUAAAUACUUAUAUUAUGAAAUUGGUUUUUGUGAUUUAUUUAGAAUAGAGAGGGUUCUUAUAUAGACCCUUUGUAUAAGUAACCUGUAAGACUUGAAUAGUUUGAUCAAAGGAAGAAAGCUUCCAAAGACCUACUAACAAAGUGUACAGGGUAAUCUAAUAUUGUUAUUGAUGUUGUAAAUGUGUUGUUGGGUUUGUUAUCUCAUUAAUUGUUACCUGGCAUCCUUUAUUCUUAUCCCUUUUUCAUUGGUCGGGAUAAAAUUAUGAACAAAGUGUAUGAAUUUUAUGGUAUGAAGAUAUGCUUCAUUUAGGUCCAGGCUAUAAGGCUUAAAAGUUACAUAAUAAGAUGUGGUUAUCCUUUUGAGAUCACUGGAUUUUCCAGUAAUCAUAGUCUUUUAUCAGCAUCAGAAUCCAGGGUGUCUUUUUCUGAGCAUCCUCUUCUGGUCAUGUUCCAAAAAUACUUUUUUGCUUAAAUAUUUUACCAAAUAUCAUUAAAUAUACAACACAAACAUCUACAACUUAAAAUUUAAAGAUUAAACUAACAGAAAAUUAAGUGUCGAUAAGUUUAUUUAAAAUUUUCAGAAAAAUCCUUUUAAAAUCAAAGGCAGAUAAUUAUACUGAAGUUGAUAGGACAAUUGUGUUUUUUUUUUUAAUUUUCAAAAAAAUAAGGCCUGUGACGGUGUGACCCCCUUUUUUUAUUUUAUAUUUCAUGAAAAGCAAUUCUCUCAUUGAAUUUUAACUAAUUCUAUCAUUUAAUGUUUCCUCAAUAGAGAAAAAUAAAGUUUCUGCUAUAUAACCCAUACAAAAUAAUUGCAAUUUCGUUAAUUUUAAUAUAUUUUAACAAAAAAACGAGGUCUGUGACCCCCAGUUUUUAUAUUGAAAUUUGAAAGUAAAUUGACCCAGAUGUCUUUCACUAUAGUUUAAGAAAAAUCUAUCGUCAAACAUUUGGACACCCCGGCUACCUUAAAUGAUAAGACCUUUAUGUAUUUGCCUUGACCUAUAAUGGUUUACUUUUAUAAAUUGUAACUUGGAUGGAGAGUUGUCUCAUUGGCACUCAUACCACAUCUUCCUAUAUCUAUUGGAUGUGUUUUUGCAUGGUUACUGUGGAUUUCAUUAAUAUUUUUGGGAUACCAAUUUUCAUGGGUUUCAUGGGUACAGGUGAACCAGGAAUUCAAGUAUUUAGCCAAUUAUAAAUUUUCUAAAGGCUUUGAAUGUAGAGAUAAGCAAAAUUUAUUUAUCAGUUUUUAAGGUUGAUAGGCCUGCUUUCCUGUCACCUAUUCAUCUAUGUACUAUAUUUUGUAUUUAUUAUUAUACUAUGUAAAAACUUAUAAUAACAACACUUUCCUGAUUGCUCAAGUGAUUAAAAAAUAUGACAAAUAUACCGAACUCCAAGGUAUAUUCAAAAAGGAGAAGUCCAUAAAAACCAAUAAAAUCAAAGGUUAUCAAUCAACUGAAAGAAUGAAAAACAAGUGUCAUAUUCCUGCCUUGGUACAGGCAAUUGAAAAAUGGUGGGUUAAACCUGGUUG